AUGGCCGGGGCUCUCGAUUUUGACCUGGAGAAGAACCCUCCGGUGGCCCAGGCGGCCGCUGAUAACAGCAGCGAUGGCGCCGCACCCGGCGAGAGUUUCACGUAUGGCGACUCUCUAUACGCAAAAAUACAGCGCUUGGCCGGAAAGCUCAACAUUGAGCAGCGUGGCAUUGAACGGGUUCCCGCUGCAGAACAGACAGAUACGUCCUAUACCAAUGUAGGCAGCAUGUGGCUGGCGGCCAACAUGGUUGUCAGCUCCUUCGCUAUCGGUGCCCUUGCACUCCCUGUCUAUAACCUCGGGUUUGUGGACGCCAUUUUGACUAUCCUGUUUUUCAAUCUCCUCGGCAUCAUGACCGUCUGCUGGUUUUCCUGCUUCGGUCCAUUCGGCCUGCGGCAGAUGGUAUUCUCGAGAUUCUGGUUUGGCCCGUAUGCGAUAAAAUUCUUUGCAAUCCUAAACGUCCUCGCAUGCAUGGGUUGGUCCGCCGCCAACACCAUUGUAGGCGCUCAAAUGCUUCACGCAGUCAACGACGAUGUACCGGGGUUCGCAGCUAUCCUGAUCAUCGCCUUCUGUACACUCCUCGUUACGUUUGCUGGAUAUAGAGUGGUUCAUCUAUACGAGUUCUGGAGCUGGAUCCCCACCUUUAUUGUCUUCCUUAUCAUCCUCGGCAUGUUUGCGCACUCUGGCGACUUCCAAAACAUCCCCAUGAAAGUCGGUUCAUCUGAGAUGGGCAGUGUCCUUUCGUUCGGGUCAGCUGUGUAUGGCUACGCUACUGGCUGGACCCCGUUUGCAGCCGAUUACACCGUAUAUCAACCCAUUGGUCGCAGCCGGAAGAAGAUUUUCUUCUCGGCCUGGCUUGGUCUCAUAGUCCCACUCCUCUUCAUUGAAAUGCUCGGCGUCGCAUUGAUGAGCGCAACCACUAUCAACGGCGGCAACAAUAAAUACCAAACAGGCUAUGAUGCUUCCGGGAAUGGCGGUGUCAUUGGUGCCGUUCUCGAUCCGCUCGGUGGUUUCGGCAAGUUCUGCCUCGUCAUUCUCGCCCUCUCAAUCGUCGCAAACAACUGCCCAAACAUUUACUCCGUUGGGCUGACGUUUCAGGUUCUCAGCCGCUAUGCUCAACGCGUACCCCGUUUUAUCUGGACAUUCCUCGGCUCUUGUGUGUCCGUGGCGAUUGCAAUCCCCGGUUACUCGGAAUUUGAAGCAGUUCUGGAGAACUUCAUGAACUUCAUUGCAUACUGGCUGGCCAUUUACUCGGGGAUUUCCCUCACGGACCACUUCGUCUUCAAGCGUGGCUUCUCGGGCUAUGUCAUUGAUAACUAUGACAAGCCCGAGAAGCUUCCUCCGGGUAUUGCGACUGCUAUUGCCUUUGGGUUUGGUGUUGCUGGUAUGGUCACUGGGAUGAGUCAACAGUGGUAUGUUGGUCCCAUUUCGAAGUACGCAGGCGGUGGCGAUGUGGGAUUCGAGUUGGCAUUUGCAUUUUCAGGCUUUUCUUAUCUUUUGUUGAGACCCAUUGAGAUGAAGGUAUUUGGGAGGUAG